AUGAGACUACAUAAAACAUUUAUCUGUUUUAGUCAAAACAAACGUGGUUGUAGAAAUAUUCUGCAAGAAAAUUCGCGGAUGAUAUUUGAGAAUAAAAUACUCAUAAUGAUAUUGAGGCAGGGUAUAUUUUUUAAUAUUAGCGUGAGCACCAAGAUCAGUUUCUAA